UAUGCGCUGGAUACAGCAGACAGUAUGGCGGACAGCGAAAGUGAUUUGGAAACAGACGGGCUUGAAUUAGCUCUGGACACACUGUGUAACAGACACUGCAGCGACGAGUCGUCUCUGAGGAGCAAAAGCUAUUGCUCUGAGUUUUGUGAGUUGGUAGAGGAGUACACGGGGCAAUGGCAAGUUCCUCUCCCUCAACUGAAGGUGCUGUGGACUGCACUGUGCAGUUUCACCAAAGCAACCAAAGCUUUCCCUGAUGACUGUCAGCACAUCCACUACGUUCUCAGCAGUCUGGCCUUGAGCUUCUUUGAACUGAUGCUGUUUUUUAGCAAAGAAGAAUUUGUGGAAAAGCCUUUAAAAGACAUCCUUGAUUCCUUUCAGGAGUGCCACUCUCAGCUCCUGCGGCACAGGAACAUCUACCUUCAGCAUGUGAAGCUGAUCAUCAAAGCAGGAGGCCCAUGGGAGAAUCCAGUGCUGCAAGGAAUCCUGAAGGAGGCAGACUUGCCACCAAAAGAGGUUGAAGACUACUUAAGCUCAGAGUUGCCAGUGUUCUUUGAGCUGCGGGUUCGCUAUCUGCAGGCCUGUGAAAGAAUUCAAGAGGCGAAGGCCCUGGCGAAAUGUUGCCUGGAAAAUCGCGACGCUGGAAAGCAUCUGUACUUCCACCAGGCCUACCUGACAUGCCUCUACAAGGCCUCACUGCAUGAACACCUUCACAAAGAGAUGGCAGAAAUAGAUGGCCGGGAUGCAGUGGAGAUCAUCUGCAACACGGAGAGUGUUGAAAAAGAUGAGCUUCUGUUGUCGCUGUGUAAAGCUUUCCUUACCCAGCAGCUACACAAUGGAGACAUGUAUUACAUCUGGGACCUGGUGUUUAUCUGGAGCAGGUUGCAUCUUAGGGCCCAUCCCUCCAGACAAGGCUUCCUGGCUGAGUGCUUGCAGUUGGCUUCCUCUGCUACUAACGUCAGAGCCAUCUUCCCCUUCAUCAAACUGGUCACUACUGAGCUGGGGCUUGAAGGAGUCCAUGUCUGUGUGGAGCUUUGUGCCAGGGCCUUGCAGCUGUGUGACAUGCAGGCUGACAGCGUUACCCGGUCCCUGGUCUGCAAGACCAUCGCCUUCCUGCUGCCUCAUGACCUGGAGAUCUGUCGAGCAUGUGCCCUACUGGUCUUCUGUCAGGAACGCAGCCUGGAAGCUUACCGAACUGUCUGCUUGCUUUACAUGCAUCCUGACCAGGAGCCGCAUCCCCACAACAGUCCUGUCCGAACCAAUGUUCGCUUCCAUAUUCUGCAGAUGCUCAAAGAGCGUCUGUGUUUUGACCCUGAGUUUUGGAACCUUCUAACCCUCAGGAACUAUUGCUUGGAGUUAAUGAGUGAUAAGGUCAUGAAGGCUGCUGUUCUCAGUGAGAUGGAAGAGGAAAAGGAAAUUGAAGAGCUCUUAAUAAAUAAUUGUGGGAAUCACUCAUGCUCUCAAGGUUUAAAUUCCUGCCAGUGCACUCAAGUUGCAUUUGUGAACCAAGACCUCUCAGAAGAGCAGACUGCGGAUGGAGUGACAGACAAGAGUGUUGCCCCAUCAAAUAAUGCUCUUCUGAAGACAAGAAAAUGGAGGAGAGGAUUGCAAAGGAAAAAACACUCUAAGUCUGACGUUGAGGUCGACCUUGUUGAUGAUCCAGAGAUCAAAUACAAUCUCAAAUCCACCUCUUUAGGCAAUAAGCCUGUGUAUUCACUAAGACGCAAUCACACUAACAUAGAAAAAUCUUCUUCUGUAAAACCCCCUCUAAACCGCAAGAGAGAAUACUUGUCUAGAUGUGUAAAGAGCCAAAUUUUCAAAAGGAAAGGUCGGAAGAAGAGAUGGUUGCAGGGUCUUCCAAUGCUGGAGCAGGUGCAGACAGUUAAAGAGAAGAAGGUCAAAGUUAAAGGGAAAAAACGAGGACGGAAGCCUUUACCAAAACUGGAACUCUCCUACCCUGAUAAUGAAAUAUCCCUUUCAGAGGAGGAGUCUGGUUAUGAGGAGAUGACUGACACAGAGGACAAAGAGCUUGAUAUGCCUCACUUGGAGAAUGAACUUAAACAAGAGUAUGAACAGAACGAGAUCAAACAUGAGCAGAUGGCUGAUCUUGAGAAGGAAAAUGGACUUGAAGAACAUACUGACUUUGUCUGUGGUAGCACCCUAGAGGGAUCUCAAACACAGUUUGGUUAUUCACUUGGUGAGGGUCCUCCUAGGGAGCCUCAAGCUGCUGUUCCUGCUGUUGAUGCUGAUCCUGAGCUUGAUGGUCCACCCUUAGAGUUGUUGGAUUGUCCAAUAGAACUGUUACACAGCUACUCUCUUAAAUCCAAAAAGCCUGACGGCGAGAAAGUGCAACCUCCUGAAUCCUCCGAAUCAGAGGGGCUGAAUGGCGAUACAGAACAGGAGCCCCAACCCACGGUUGAAACAGAAGUGUCAAAAACAGAGGUGAUAGCCAAGAGGACGUGGAAGGACAGAGUACUCCGUACUCAAAAAUAUGCUCACUUGAUGCACCACUGCAACUUCUGCCGCAAAGACUAUAAAGGCUUGAAUGUUAUGAGGCAUGCUCUCUCGCACCUUAAGAGCAGGAAACUAAGAUGUAUACUCUGUGGAAAACGCUUUAAACAACUUCCUUUUGCCAAAAAGCACAUUCUAGACCACAUUGAUGAAAUGUGCAAGCAGAAACCCCCUGAAAAGGAGCCGUGCUCUGUGAACACGCCAGCUGCUAAUGGAAUAGUAGAUAAUGUAAAAAAUGAGAGCCAGCCUCAGGAUGAAAAUCCAACUCCCAUUUCGGAUGAGGAAACUCCUGAACAGAAACCCAGAGGAAAAACGAAAGUGUCAAGCCUCAAGAGGGAAGAUCGUAUAAUCAGGAACCUCCGCACCCUCAUCAAAAAGACAUCUGUGCUUCACAAAAAGUGCAAGAACCCGAACGCAAAUAUAUUCAAGCAGGUAGACUUCAAGGAUGAGCAGGUAGUCAUUAACAAUGGCCUGGUGGUAGUAAGAGAUCCAUCUGUGACGGAGAAUGAGGGAGAAGGAGAGAAGGCGGAGAGGCCAGCCGGAGAGAACGGCUUCGGUGUGAACAUCACAUAUCACUUGUGCCCCUCAGAGUCCUGUGAUAGAGUAUUCUUGAGGAUCAGCUCCACGCUAACAAAGCAUGCUAUCAAAUGCCAUAUUAACGAAGAGAAAGUGCUGGAGAAGACGUUUGUUUGGGCCAAGCACAAGUGCUCUCUAUGCUCCAGGCAGUUACAGUUUCUCCCGCAUUAUAAGGACCACAUGAAGCUCCACGAUACUCCUCUCCAGCACUUCUGCUACCAUCUGGAGUGUAACCAGCGCUUCUUGACUCUGCAGGAAUUAAAGGACCAUGUCAGCACCCACCAGCCCUUCAGACCUCAAUGUCCAUUCACAGACUGUGAGAAGCUAUUCUCUAGCCUUCAAGGUCUCUAUGACCAUGAAUGGAGACACUACAUCCCAGUGCCUCAAAGAGAGGAGGUAGAGUUGGGACCCAGCAGACAGAAGGAAAAUGCUGAAGCUCCGUGGAAGCAGAGAGUGAAAGUUGAGGAGAUAUGGCUGCAGAGUAAAAAGGGGCAAAGUCCCACCCUUGAUUAUGUUGAGGCCUCUAAUCUUGAGGUUUCCAACGAAACUGAAGAUCAUCCUUGCGAAAUGGACAGUAGUCAAGACCUGUCUAGAUCUAAUAAUUGUUCAGAGAAAGCCGGCAUCAACGGAUAUGAGGAGGAUACAAUCUCCACUUCCCAUACUGGUGCCGCUGCAGCAACUUCAAGUAGGAAAUGUCGAAAAAAGACGCCCGUGGAGUGGGACCCCUUGAAUGUCCGAGACCUUGAGGAUUUGUCCACUUUGUCUGAGGGAGUCCAGCAGAAACUGGGAGAGCCACACAUUACUGAGCACAAAACCUUCAAACCUGAAGAUCCCGCCUAUGCGACUUUUGUCAAAGCCCCCUUUAUUCGACCGCCCCCCUCCACCUACCUGGAUGAAUCUCUGCUCUCGAUGCGGAAGAGGAGGUCCGUUGAUGAGGCCACGCAGAGGAAAAAUAUUUACUGGAGCAAUAAGAAAAAGAUCGAGCCUGUCCCAGAAAAGGAGGAGCAGCAGAAUAACGUUGUCCCCGAUCAAAAGAUCCGGUCUCGCUGUGACAAAUGUCUUUCUUCCUUCAGCAGCUUAGAAGAAUUACAGAAACACCAAGCCCUUAACACCUGCUCUGCACUCUUUGGCUUUGAUUCUGACGAUGAAAGUUAGUUGUAAGUGAAGAGGAGCUGUAACUGGAGUGACCAUCGUACUCUGCCACCAGGCUCAGGGCAAACAUUCAAGAUGAAGGAACACUGGAAUCCUUUAAUACUCACAUACAGCUCUUGGAUACCAGUUUGUCAAAAUGGUUAACUGGAGGAUUUAUUUGUCUCAUACUUUAAUUGAUAGAACCUCUUUUGAAGCAAUAAUUUUUACAGCUAAAACUAGUUUUGAACAUAUUGUUUUUCCUCAAAGCAUCAUCAGUGUGCGUUUUGUCAAGGUUAAUCAAAUAUCUGUGAUAAAUCCAUAUAUUUUCUUAAUCUAUUAUGGGGAUUCACUGCUUAAAACAGCAUUGGUUAUGAGAACAAAGUUUUUCCAGCAGCUCUAAAAGUAAUGCUCAAAAAUUGCCUGGGAACUGAGAAACCAAACUUUGGCCCAAGACAAUCUCCAUGGAAUAAAAAACACAGUAGUUCUCUGUAUACAAAUACUCAGUUAUGUACUACAUGCAAAAUAACAUGUGAUCACAGUACUCUAACUUUAGAAUACCACAGAAUGCCAGUGUUUUAAUGACAAACCUUUGCUGGACUCACCAUGCUGUGGAAGUUAAAGUAACACAUAUGUAACGUUCAGGAAGAGGGUUGUUAAUCUGCUAUGGGAAAAGCUGCUGCUCAUCCACAUAUUUGAAUCUCUAAAACAUCUUGAGGGAAGUAACUACACUUAAAUUACUUCUGAAAUCUUAACCAGGACUGAAUACAAAGCAAUGGAGAAACCCUUCAGUCCUUUUUGGCAAACUGCAUCCCCAUUAGAACUUGGUGGAAAAACAAAUGACUUAUCUAGAAGCCUUUUUCUUUAAACGGUGACUUGCUUUUUGGUUUUGUUUGUGUUUAAGUUGGACUGGUUGACACAAGUACAUGUUCAUUUGGGUUUUACACUGAAGCAUUUAACAGUCAGGUAAAGUCAGCCUGAAUGAGUGAAAAAUUACAUACAGUAUUCAAUUUGAACUCAAUCAUGCUUUUUCCUGGCUUUACUGAGCCUUUUUGGAUCAGUUUGAUUUAGACUCUAUUUUAAAGUAUUAUAUGUUUGGCCUUUUAUGCCUUUAUUUGAUAGAUAGCUGGAGACAGACAGGAAAGGAGGGCAGAGAGAGAGAGAGAGGACGACAUGCAGCAAACCGCAGGUCGGACUCGACCCCGGGCCACUGCGUAUAUGGGUCGCCAGCUCUACCGACUGAGCUAACCGGGCGCCCAAUUUAGACUCUAUUUGAAGCACCAAAUUGUUUACAGACAUUAUACACAAAGGGUCCCCCGACUAUUUUCUUUCAUGGCCAAUUAUUAUGUUACACUCUAAUGUCUUGCUAGCAACACUUGGUGGCACAGGGCCAUCUUGCUCCCUUGCCCGUGGUGUUCAAAAGCUCAUGGUUUGAAAGUCAUAUCAUAUUUUGUCCUACAAGUAUGGAUUUUACAUGCACUACAUCAUAUACUGUGUUUGCAACUCAAUGAAAUGUGAAAAAUCAAGUUCCCAUCAAGUGGAAAGAUGAACUAAAUGUGUUUUGCCCUCUCUGUUUCGCACAUUUGUUUAAUUAUUGUAGUCUUCCAAAUGAAUUCUGCAACACUCUGAGCUUUCGGUCUUUUGUAGAGACGAUGUAGAAAAAGUCUCACUGGAAAUGACAAAAGAGGAUAUGUGGAGCUUGUGUCCCCUUUCCACAUCUUUAUACUGUUAAAUUAUGUGUUUUCAGCAUAAUUUAUGUGGGCUGCUGUUUUUGUAGGUAAGCAGAAUUGUCAGGAUUAGAUUUGCCUUUGCUAGGUAAUCUCCUGGUCAUGGUAUGACAACAUUAACAUUCAACCCAUGACCAAAAUGUGUGAAACCAUGUGAAUCUGCCUUCAUACUGUCACACUAUUAUUCUGUACAGUAUAUGAAUUAUUCACAAUUUUACUAGUGCCAAGACUGAAUCACAGUGUUAGACUGUAGGUAAAGAUAAACAUUAAAAUCAGUAAUUCAGUACCAGUUUGUAAUGACAAGUUCAAAGUUCGAUGUCAUGUUUAACUCCAUGACCAUGUGUUUCAUUAUGUAGAAUAUUUCACAUUGGUUGUUUAUGUAUAUACUUUUGAGAUGGUUGAUCUGUUUUAAUAACUUUUUAAUGUAAUGUUUUUAUGGGACUGUGCACUUAAAUCUGCUUAUUUAUAUGUAAAAAUGUUAAUAGAUUGGAUUUGUAAAAGGUAAUAAUGAUUCCCUAUCUAUUUUUUUUAAAGAAAGUGAUGACAUUUGUUUGAAUAAACAAAUUUAAA